AUCAAUCUGGAAUGCAUCCACUAGACGUCCUAAAACCUGAGACGAAUUAAAUUCUCUAAUCGUUUGUGAAAACAAGCGCUAUAUUUCGUUUGGGAGGCAAAACAGUUCGGUCGAGGGGCGAGAAUUUUCGAUGACCUCUCACUACCACAGGAAUUUUCAAAUUAGUCCAUCCAGCCUAAGUCAAAGAUAGCGAAAGAAAAAAGCAAUUAGUUGAAUAAAUACUACAAUGACGUCUUUAAAUAGUGAUUUAUCAAAGGAAAGCGCAAGAAUUUAUUCAUAUAUAGGCCUCGACGCAGUAUCAGGGAAAAUUUGUAGAAAACACGCAAUAUGGAACCGCCUAGGCCGACGAGUAGCGAAAUAAACACAGACGAAAAUUUAAUCAAAACAAGUUUGUCUACAGGAAAUGAAACUUUAGAAGGCAAAACAUUAUCUACGUCAUCAGGCGAGGGCAAAAAUGACCUGGUGAUACCAGAAAUUUACGUGCAACCCGUACAAAAUUGGGGGCCAACAGCUGAGCUCAAAAACGCAAACGUUCUUGACCAUCUUGGAGUAGACAUGUGCGCAGCUAUGAAAACAGCAGUUAAGCUUUCUACCAAUAGCAACAAGUUGAGGAGGAUAAGUGAAGAUAAAACAGCACUUGCGCUGAAGGACAAGGAUAAAUUGAGUCCAGAUGAGAGAAUGACACGGAGGAGAAAACAAAGUUUAUCUCUUGAUCCGCAGAUUCUACUGCAAUGGGCAGCGACACACAAUGACGUCGAUACGUUAAAAACCGUACUGGAGAGUACAAAUGUGGAUAUCAACGAGCCCGGCGUUGACGGUUUCUACGCUUUGCAUCGUGCGGCAAGUACGGGAAGCUUUGAAUGCCUCCAGUAUCUUGUGACGAAAGGCGCGCAGCUGGAAGUACGAGACAAAGAUGGAUCUUCGCCGUUGGACGCUGCGGUUUACGAGGGCGAGUUUGACUGCGCGCGCUUUCUGAUCGAGAAAGGCGCGAGUAUAACCCACAUUCGAGACGGCUUUACAGACAGCAAUUUGGUGCGGAAGAUUCGUGGACGAAAACGAGUCAUGACCAUAGUAUAGACAGAGAGUAUGGAAGCGAAAAUAGAGAGGAAUAUUUCGGUUGGUUCGCAGCUCUCUUUAGCAAAGCGGGAGAAUUUUGCCAUGUUGAACUUGGAUGGUGUAAAUCUGUGCUGCAGUUCACCCGCGUGGAAUUAAUCUUGUGGACAUUGACAGUGUUAAUCGCUAAGCUAAACAGAUUUGGUUUUAUUAAGGAUGUCAAUGUGGUUGAUACUGUCCGCGAUUGCAUCUGUGAUAAGCUCUGAAUUACGCCCAUCUAGUCGAUAAAACGCCGGCAAAUAAUUAAGAUAAGGACACAAAAGACGAAUGGAAACAAUAUUGGUCAUCUCUUCUGCACAAGUGGUCAACUACUUGAUUUCAAGUUGUACAUGUUCUGUAAUGUUAAAUAAAAUGGUUUGAUACGUUUUCAAAUCGAGUUUCAUAGUCUGUCAAUGUUUUGGCGUAAAACGAUCUUGCAAAACUUGCAAAUGGAAAACAACUAAGUUGUAACUGAACAAGCUAGCGGAGAUUUGAUUUUAGAUACCAUGAAGUAAAGGCGUGAUUUCAUGGCUGGCAAACGUCUCUAAAAUAGACAAAUCCCGUACUUUCAAACCAUAAGUUAGGACUUUUUUUUUCAUUUCAUUCCGACGUUUCGUGAUUUAAGAUGCUUGUAGCACGGAAUUUCAAUUUCUAUUUUUUACCUCAGACUUAUCUUGUUGUCAGAUAAAGCGAAGCCCUCGGGCUAUCAUGAUUGAUUGCAAGUGUCAACAUAUGAAGUGUUUGUAACUAGUUCACGGCUGCUUCAAAAGCGAUUAUUCAAUUAACUAGCACGCAAGAUGUCUCGAUAACCAUAAUAACACAAAUUCUAUGCCAGCUUCUGUCUUUGUGUUGUAGCACGUCUAUAUGCAGCUGUUUAUAGAAAAGGUGUCGUACACGAAAGCGUAAAUUGAAAGUCUUUGCGGUAUUACAGGUAAUGGUGGCUUCCGGUUGCUUGAUUGAAGCUUUAGAUGUUUUAGCGUGAAGGAAACAGCGCCAACACAUGUAAU